CAAUGGCGGAUGAAAUUGAGAGAGUCGCCUGGCUUAUUUUAAUAAAUAAAGCUAGAGAACGCCGUUUUCGGGCGCGUCGUUGUCAUAUCUGGAUUCACGAAACAAUUCAGAGGCGUUCAGUUUGUGGAGAGUUUCACCAUCUACUCCAGGAACUCCGAGCCGACGAGGGUCGCUUCCAGCGCUACCAUUGUCUCACCCCAGCCCAAUUUGAUGAGCUGCUGUCCCGCAUUGGUGCCCGCAUCACCUACCAGGACACAAACUACAGACGGUCAAUUUCAGCUGAAGAGCGCCUGUCUAUCUGUCUCAGGUUUCUUGCAACUGGUGACUCAUACAGGUCAAUUGCCAGCAGCUUCCGGGUGGGUAUUUCCACUGUCUCCAUCAUUGUCCCAGAUGUUGUUACAGCCAUCUGGGACUGCCUUGUGGGAGAGUUUAUGGCUGUGCCUGGAGAAGAUGAGUGGAGGUCCAUUGCUGUGGAUUUUUGGAGGCGGUGGAACUUCCCUCUCUGCUGUGGUGCUCUGGAUGGCAAACAUGUAAAGCUAAAAGCACCUCCCAACUCAGGUUCUCUCUUUUUUAAUUACAAGGGAGAAUACUCAUUGGUCCUUUUAGCCCUUGUUGAUGCCCAUUACAGGUUCCGGGUGAUAGAUGUUGGGGGUUAUGGGAGAAGAAGUGAUGGUGGGAUCUUGGCCAAUUCCGCGUUUGGCCAGGCUCUGCGUGAGGGCACGCUGAAUUUUCCACCUGACCAGCACCUCCCCAGAGCUGACCACAGAGGACCCCAGCCCCAUGUGAUUGUGGCAGAUGAGGCGUUCCCACUACGGCGAAAUUUGAUGCGGCCCUUUCCUGGACGCGGCGGCCUCACCAAAGAGCAGCGCAUCUUCAAUUAUCGUCUGUCACGGGCUCGUCUGGUGGUGGAAGAUGCGUUCGGGAUUUGGUCUGGCCGGUGGAGGAUGUUUGCCGUCAGCUGGAGAUCUACCCAGAGGUUGUGGAGAAAUGUGUGAAGGCCACUUGUGUUCUUCACAAUUUCAUAAGGGCAAAUGGGCAUGUACCUGCACUGAGUGGAGCUGGAACAAAGGAAGAUCCCCUUCCAGAUGUGGGGCGCAUGGGAG